AUGGAUUUAAUGAAUAAGGUCAUUCGGGAGUUUCUUGAUAAAUUUGUGGUUGUCUUUGUAGAUGAUAUACUUAUCUAUUCACCUUUCAAAGAGGAGCAUGAAAGGCAUCUUCGUACUAUCCUGCAACUUCUUAGGGAGCACCGUUUGUAUGCAAAAUUUGAGAAAUAUGAAUUCUGGCUUUCCGAAGUGAAGUUCUUGGGUCACGUAGUUUCGGGAGACAGAGUUAUGGUGGAUUCUUCAAAAAUAGAACCUGUGCAGAAUUGGGAGCAGCCUAAGAACGCCCCAGAAGUUCGCAGCUUUCUGGGUUUAGCCAGUUACUACCGCCGAUUUGUAAAGAAUUUAUCUUCCAUAGCAUCACCAUUAACUAGAUUGACACGUAAGGGAGUAAGAUUUGUUUGGAGCGAAACUUGCAAGAAUGCUUUCCGAGAACUAAAGCUUAGAUUGACCACUGCUCCAAUUCUCAUCAUUCUGGAACGAGGUUUAAGUUAUACGGUAUAUUGUGAUGCUUCUAGAGAGGGGUUGGGAUGUGUUCUAAUGUAG